AUGGCAGCCACGGAUAUGUGGAACAGGUCCACGGACGGCGCAUCAUUUGCGGCUGGCAUAUCAAACGAGGGUCGCUCCAUGGAUUGGAGACAGUCCACUUGUGUGCAGCUGGAGCUGUGCGAAGGGGCUGAGGAGGACGACCGUCCCGGACCGGGGAGAGUGAUCAUGCAUGAUCGGGUAGGAGUCGAGUGUGGGGCAGGGGGUCGUCGUAGCACAAAGGCGGAGGCGACAACAGGAAGCUUGGGCCCGCGCCUGGAAGAUCCCCACCAUAUCAGACACCCCUUCCGAUGGAACACACGGCCCGGGCAGUCGUCGUCACGCGUGCGCACAAACGCUGCUUCCAUCGGCGACGCCCCAGGCAAAACCCAAACCCGAAUCGAUCGAGGCGCGCAAGGCGAUGUGGGUGCUGCCGCACUCGCUCACCACAGAUCGGGUGGAGAAGUGGCAUACCCGCCCGGGGGCGGGGUAGAAGCAGAAGGGCGGAAGCAGACGCGAACGGACGCGGGCGCACACGCAGACGCGGACACAGAGCUCUGGCUGUUCCGAUCGCGCGCUGCCCCCUCACAGGUUGCGAGGCUGCCGCGGCUGAUCGUUGGCACGCCCGCGAGGGACAGGAAAGCGUGUGCAUUGCCGCGCGCGGGCGUGCCUCGAAUGGGCCAAGGCGGGCGAGAUGGCCGCCGCUGGGCCGCUGUAGCGUGCCAGCCACCUAGCGUCGCAGACAGCGGCGCCUUAGACCGAUCGCGCCGCACAUCCGCCAUCGAUGGGCCUGAGAUGGCUCUCCUGCGGCGCGCUAGUAAGAGGGCGGCUCGCACCCAGACAGCCGUCCCUGGCGUCGCCCGCCGCGCACGUCGUAUGUCAUGCAUUGCGCAGGUCGAUAAGUGGCCUGACGAUAGCGUAAUAGCUUUGGCUCCGCCUGCAGUCACCGGUGGUCGCAAGGCGAGACACUGGCAUGGAACGCGAGCAAUCACGAGCUGUGUCUCAGCCGAGGACGGGCGUACUCUCGAACCGUAUACCGCCAUUGCCUCUCCCGCGAAGCGUCGUCUCGCUCGUGUUGACUGCCGCCGCCUCGUGCAAAGAAAGACACGAUAG